GGCGGGAGGGGAGUCGCGGAAUGGCGGCCGGCGGGGGCGGCCCGCCCCGGGGGUAGCGGCGGCGGCGGCGGCCGAGACGCGGCUCCAAGCGGGGAGCACUGCCUGAAGCGGGUCCACCAUGCCGUUAGUAACGAGGAACAUCGAGCCAAGGCACCUGUGCCGUCAGACGUUGCCUAGCGUUAGAAGCGAGCUGGAAUGCAUGACCAACAUCACCCUGGCAAAUGUCAUCCGACAGCUGGGCAGCCUGAGUAAAUUUGCAGAGGACAUUUUUGGAGAGCUCUUUACCCAGGCCAACACCUUUGCCUCUCGGGUGAGCACUCUGGUCGAGAGAGUUGACCGCUUGCAAGUCAAAGUCACUCAACUGGAUCCCAAAGAGGAAGAAGUGUCCUUACAAGGCAUUAACACAAGGAAGGCCUUCAAAAGCUCUACCACUCAGGACCAGAAGCUGUUUGACAGAGAAUCUCUCCCAGUUCCUGUCCUUGAAACCUACAGCACCUGCAAUACUCCUCCACCACUCAACAUCCUCUCGCCUUACAGAGAGGAUGGCAAAGAAGCACUUAAGUUCUACACUGACCCUUCAUACUUCUUUGACCUUUGGAAGGAGAAAAUGCUGCAGGACACCAAGGAUAUCAUGAAAGAGAAGCGGAAGCACAGGAAAGAGAAAAGGGAGAAUCCCAACCGAGGGAACAUUAAUCCCCGGAAGAUCAAGACCCGGAAGGAAGAGUGGGAGAAGCUGAAAAUGGGCCAAGAGUUUGUUGAGUCCAAGGAUAAACAUGGGCCUGCUGGGUACCCCUCCAACAUGGUGUAUCAGAACGGCAGCAUCGGCUCCAACGAUAGCAUGGAUGUAACCUGCUAUCCUCCGCCGCCACCGUCGGACUCCAUCAUGCCUCCACCUCCCUCGUUCCCAGAUGAUAGUCUGCCUCCACCACCAGUGGAAUUUAGCUACCCAGUAGACAACCAAAGAGGUUCUGGCUCUGGAGGGCUGAAGAGAUCCAGCCUAGUUAGUCCAAGCCACCCUCCACCAGCUCCUCCGACUGGAUCCCCUCCAGGAGCCAGGCCAGGCUUCGCUCCUCCUCCAGCUCCUCCGCCGCCACCGCCGGCAGGAGUCCCCCCGCCGCCACCUCCUGCGGGCUUUCCGACCCCAGGCACCCCGCCGCCACCAUCGCCGCCUGCCUUCCCUCCUCACCCCGAUUUUGCUGCCCCUCCUCCACCCCCACCCCCUCCCGCAGCAGACUAUGCUGCUGUGCCUCCGCCUCCGCUACCUCAGCAAAUUGGCGGUGCGCCACCACCUCCCCCACCCCCGCCACCUCCCGGCCCCCCUCCUUUGUCUGCAGGUGGCAUGAAUGGCCCGGCAGCUUCGCCUCCACCUUUGGACUCAUCAGCCUCCAAGCCAAAAUCCUCCUUGCCCGCGGUCAGCGAUGCCCGGAGCGAUUUGCUGUCAGCCAUUCGUCAAGGCUUCCAGCUCCGCAAAGUGGAGGAGCAGCGGGAACAGGAGAAGCGGGAUGUCGUGGGCAACGACGUGGCGACAAUCCUUUCGCGCCGCAUUGCUGUAGAAUACAGUGACUCUGAGGAUGAUUCUUCGGAGUUUGAUGAGGAUGACUGGUCAGAUUAACCAUAGCUCCACUCUCCACCCUCCAAGCUGGUUUAGCCCCUUCCUAAAGAAUCAAGUACUUAACCAGGUUGCCAAAACCUUUUUAGCCUUUCCUCUUUCAUCCAAUAACCAAAGACAUGCCAAGGACCCUUGGCUUUGGCAGGACUUGUAAUUCACCUUUCUGCAAGGUCUCCUCAGGGACACCAAAGAUUGCAGUGUUGUUUGCCAGCAGGAGGGGACAUGGUGGCUUUGAAAGCAAACCUGAACUGCCAGAUUGUCGGUGCCGCAGAGAAAGCCAGCUCAGAGAGCCUGCGCAUCGUGGGGCUCUGUUUCCUAGUAAAAAUCAGACCUAUGAUAGACAAAAUCAGACUUAUUACAGAGCUGUUGGACUUUGCAAAAAAAAAAAAAAAUUCAGUCAGUUUUCUCACUGCAGCAACAUGAGGGAAGUAGUGGAUAUAAUUGGUUCUCCCUCCUCAGUUAAUGCUGCAGGGAAAUAGUAAUGUCCCUUCUGUAGUGCAACCCGUUGCUAAAUAACGUUUUUGGCAAUUAGCACCGUUAUCCCAGGGUUUCCAAGCUAACUCGAAUUAAGCUGCCUGCCUCAUCGUGGGAUGGCAGGGUGCACCAGAUGGAAAUGUCAGUGCUAGGUUUUCUUUAAGAGCUGCCUCUCCCCCCCACCACUGCCCUGAAUAUCCUUUAUUGUGCCUCUGAAUCUGUCAGCAGAGUCUGAGUUAAAAGGCUGGAGCCUGAGCAGUGUGCUCAGCUGGCUGCCUCCUCCUGGCUGAGCAGAGGUGUUACCAGACCAAGCAGCUCCCCUGUCACGUCUGGAGCGCUGACAAAACUGGCCUUGCUAGGCACCACACGAUCUGUUGUGCCAGGAGGGCUUUAUUGGUUAUCUAGUCAGCUCUGCAAUGUGUCCAGUACAGGGAGGUGGAACUGGUGAUACUGGGAGGGGCAGGGUGCUCUGGGUGCAGUACAGGCUUUGGGCACAUUGGGCAUUCAGCGUGAUUACAGCUAACUUACAGCCAGGGCUCGAGUGCGAUGUCUUCACAUCUCAUUCAGCCUGCUUAGAGCAGCACGUUGGUCAGGUUGAUUAGGGGUGCUUUUCUGUGAGGUCGAUAGCGCACUUUAUGCAGGAACGUGAGCCACCGAAAAGCCAGUAUUUAACCUGUGCUGCUGUCUCCUACCCUGAGAAAAAGGAUUUCAUAUUGCAUAAAGGUGUCUUGUCUGCAAACCAAGUCAGCCAGUAGUGACAUUAGACCUAACCCAUGUUGUUGGUUUUCCAUCGCUUCACAUCCGUAUUUCACUAGUGUAAUUCUCAGUAAAUGUUCUUAACAACUCCUUUCCCAGAUAAGGGUACAAAUUCCUGACCAGAGGUGCAUCCCAGGGAACUGGGGAGCUUGGAUUACCUGACUUCACUUAGAUACCUUUAUUGCCUUUUUUUUUUAAUUGAGCAGAAGUAUCUCCAGAGCAGAGACCAGAAUUCCUUUGGGAAGCAGGUGCAUUUUCCAUCCCUUGCUUGGUCCCAACUAGCCAAGUCCGUCGGUGUGCUAUAAAGGAGCAGUUCUGAAGUCUCUCUGGGAGACUGCGGGCCCUGCCCUGCCCUGCCCCUUCUAAAGGACUCUGACACCAUGUGCCUGCCCUUCCCUUCCAUCUGUGGCGUGCCUUCUCACUGCUUUCAGGUAUUGAAGCAAGGAUGCUGCUGAUACGUGGGAACUACCUUGACGUUCCUGUGUUGCCAAAGCUCCCUUCUCGAGCUUCAUUGCUUUUUAUAACAUUUAAAUUCUUGCCUUUCUGAGUGCCUUUCUCUCUCUCUCUCUCUCUGUUUAAUAACCAACUGUCGCAGCUCUUAGGUUCUUCUAGAGGACCAGGGACCAAGCUAAUGAAGGCGCUUGUUGUCAAGUUCCAGUUUGACCAUAAACACCAGUGAGCCUAAUUUAUUGGGCCUCUGCAUCGAUGCAUUUUAGCAACAAGGCCAAAGCAUAAACCAGAAUCCUCAAAGGAUGUGGGCAGUGAUGCUUACACGACUUCCCAGUGGGGCCUGCAUUAGUUUCAGUUUUGGAAAAGGGGACAAAUCUUCCCGUGUCCAAGUGCAUCACAGUGUUCUGGGAACCAAAAGCGCACAAAGCCCAGCUUGGGUUUGAGAGCUGCCUUGGCUAAGCCCAUGCCCUUGUGAAGAGGGAACUAGCACUCCCUUCACGUUGGGUAGGAAAGGUGCGGUCUCUUUCGUGACCGGUGAUGGGCAGUGCCUCUGUGCGCAGCUGGCUCGUGGGGAGGGUGCGGUUAGACCGUUCAGGGACCUGCCCCCCAGCUCUGCCUACCGUUCUCCACGCCCAUGCCAUUGAGUUUUCGAUCCUUUUGUCAUUGUGCAGACAGAAGCAGCGGCUCCCAUCAAGGAGGGAGAAAUGCUUGUAUUCUUGCCAGCCUAGCUGAAAAGCAAUUGUGCUUCAAAAGCACUAAGUCCUUCAGAGUGCAUCUCCAGUGGGGGCUGUGGACAGGUGCUAGGGGUCCCUAACCACCCUCUCCCCACAUCUGCAGAUGGGGGUGAUACCACAAUUACUGCUAAGUACUGCUGAUCUCAACUGCUCAGCAGCCCGUUGGGGGAAGCGCAGAGCCGUGGGUAGCCAGGUAUGUUCUGAGCAAUCCUUAAAGUAGUGGUGGGGAAGGGAAAUAGGUGCCAAGAACAGCCUCCGCAGGGUGGUUGUACUCUAAUUAGAAGCCUGCUGACCCAUUUGUAGCAACGCCGCGGCGAUUGGCUGAGCGGCUGCCCGACCUCUUUGCUAACCUCGCCGCGUGCACCGCGCCUGUCGCAGCGGCCAGCAGCACAGCCGAGGGAGCGCCCAGCAGCUAACGGAUCCGGAGAGGGGAGCAGGAGGCACUUGAAAGGGCUGUCCAGAGCCGCCCUCGGGGGAGACAGGAACAGAAGCAGAAGAUGCUGGGCUCCCGUGGAGAUGCCAGCCCAGUGCAGCCUGGGACCGAUGUGCCAUCGGCUCUCUUGCCUUGCAGUGAGUGUCCAGGCCGGUCACGGUGUCUGUCCUUUCGAAGCAGCGUGAUGCUGGUUAGAGGUUAGACAGUCUCACUGUGUUCUCAGCUGCAGUGCUUGGCUGCUUCUCGCUGCACUCCCCCCCCGCACUCGCACAUGGGGAAUGCCUGGUCCCCGUUUCCAGGGCUCAUCUGCAGUCGCUGACCUUCACUGGUCUCCCCUCUCCUUAUCAGUCAUAGUGCACCAGACCAAAUCCAGGGAAACGGCUCCUGGCGAGUCCCAGAUGGCCAUGGAGCUGCAGGAAGUCUGAUUUCAGAAGGAAGAGAUUUGCAGUCCAUGGACACGUUCAGUGUGCUGGCUUGGAAAGCACCUGCCCUUGAAGGGCGCUGGGCCUGGCUUUGGCCAGGGGCAGAGGCAUGUCCCACAUCCCUCUCAGCUGCCCUGGGUCCGGUUUUCCACCUGUGUUUUCCCCACAAAGCCUUCAAGGGGGACGUGGAUCAGAUUGUAUUGCUGUAUUAACUUUAGUGAUUUUAAUGCAUUUCAGAAACUUAACUGAUUUUUUUUUUUCCUGACUAGAAUGAUGUAGAACUAGAAGAGCCAUAAUGCUCCCGAAGUGCCUUAUUUCCUAUAUGACAUAAAUAUAUUUAUCAGAGUAAUGAUUUCCACUUGUAUCGGUGGGGUCUGCUGGGCGACCGUGGUGGGACGGGGAGGAGACGCAGCAUGCUGCCCAAUGAGCUGUGCUGCGAACGGGCCACGCUACCGCAUCCUCUGGGUGCUCAGCCCAAGGGAACGCACCCCCUCAGACCAAAGGGGUGCAGAGGAUUAAAAGCUCCCCUCUGACACCUCACCAGCAAAAUAUCGGGGUGGCCGCAUCCAGGCUUGGACUCCAGAUCAAGGACUGUCUGCCUCCCACCCACCCCCACCAAGUGAGUAAUGACGGCCCUGAUCCUAGGGGCCUGUGCCUGUGUACAUCAGGAGGAAGGUCACCGGCUGCAAGCAUGCAGCUCCAGAUUUACACCCGUCUCCCCGAGUUCAGAGUCUGGCCCCGCCGUUCUUUCCUAACAGCGUCUGUCUCCGUGUUCCUCUUCCGGUUGUUGUUAAGCCGAGCUUUCGUACUUUUUUUAUAAUUGGUUCUGUCUCCCCAGGUUGAAGACCCCCGGUUGCAGAUUUUGUAAUGUACUUGUAAAAAAUACAAUAGUCUUUUUUUUAAAAUGUAGACUUAAAAAAAUUCUUGAUAAAAUCUUUCUAUCCAAUCA